AAAAGCCCAGGGAGGGGGUGGCGGCAGAAGAAGGCACAGGCCUUGAGUGUGUCCUGUCUCAGGAACUAAGAACAGCAACACUUUCGGAUUCAGUACACAAUGAACUGUCCUCCGGGUUUCUGGGAGAUCAGGGAUGUGUGGCCCACAAAGGGGCUUGGAACCGGUCAUCCUGUGAUGGGUUCUGUCUAAGGAGAGGGUCUCCAAGAGAUUGCCCCACCGCUGAAGAGAAGCAGUGAGUGAGUUUUGAGUUUCAGACUUGCUGCCUGUAGACUUCCAGGAAGAUGUCUGGCAAGAGCUAGGUUCACUAGCUGCGAAUCCUGCUAGAUACGAAUCCUGCUGGCCCACGGGUCACCUGGGAGGUUCCUCUGGGAGAGGAUGAUGUCUGACAACAGCACUACCCUGCCAUGGGUCAGAAUUCCUUACAUCGCCUUGGAGGUUUUUAUUGGACUCUCUGCCAUGGUGGGCAAUAUACUGGUCAUCUGGGUGGUCAAGCUGAACCCCAGUCUGAGGACCACCACCUUUUUUUUCAUUGUCUCCCUAGCCCUGGCUGACAUUGCAGUUGGGGUGCUGGUCAUACCUUUCGCCAUUGUCAUCAGCCUGGACAUCCCAAUGCACUUCUACAGCUGUCUUUUCAUGUCCUGCGUGCUGCUGAUCUUCACCCAUGCCUCUAUCAUGUCCUUGCUGGCCAUUGCUGUGGACCGAUACCUGCGGGUCAAGCUCACUGUCAGAUACAGGAGGGUCACCACUCAAAGAAGAAUAUGGCUGGCUCUGGGUCUUUGCUGGCUGGUGUCCUUCCUGGUGGGAUUGACCCCCAUGCUUGGCUGGAAUGGGAAGCAAACCUCAAGGUACCCCCAAAAUGACACCUUGCAUCCAUGCUGUUUCCGUUCUGUCAUGAGCAUGGAGUACAUGGUCUUCUUCAGCUUCUUCACCUGGAUCUUCAUCCCUCUGAUAAUCAUGUGCACCAUCUAUAUGGACAUCUUCUAUGUCAUCCGGAACAAACUCAAUCAGAGCUUUUCUGGCUCCAAAGAGACAAGUUUGUAUUAUGGGCGGGAGUUCAAGACAGCCAGGUCCCUGUUUCUGGUUCUCUUCUGGUUCGCUCUGUGCUGGCUGCCCUUGUCCUUCAUCAACUGUAUUUUGUACUUUAACAUUGAGGUGCCAGAGUAUGUGAUGCUCCUGAGCAUCCUGCUGUCCCAUGCAAACUCCAUGAUGAACCCUAUCAUCUAUGCUUGCAAAAUAAGGAAGUUCAAGGAAACCUACCUUUUGAUCCUCAAAACCUGUAGAGUCUGCCAGUCCUCUGAUCCCACCAACCCAGGCACUGAGCAAAUUUCUGGUUGGGGCUUGAAGACCCAGCCAGCUGCUUGGGCCAUUCAGCCUGCUGGUUACCUGGAGCUAGAUGGCAUGCUCACCUUCUUACCAGUUUCCCCAGGACACCCUGCUCCUGAUUCCUGGGCUGAUCAGAGCACUUGCCAACUUUAUAAACUAUUCACCUAUUAUCCAGAAAUUCCUGAGGUCCCUGGGUUCUUCCUGUCGUUCCAGUUGAAGGUCCAGUCAUGGGACCUGCUCUCCUUCGCUCUUCUUUCAGAUGCCAUGGUCAUGGACAAAAAAGUGAAGGAAAGCUUCAUGCUAGGCACAGCUUCUGCCAGCUGCAAUUACGACGCCCACUAUAAGCAUCAUACCAAAUAUUGGUGCCGAGGCUAUUUCCGGGAUUACUGCCACAUCAUUGCUUUGACCCCCAACAGCACGGACCGUGUGGCCCUGAAGGACACAGGAAGCCAAUUCAUUAUCACUGUGUCCUGCCUGACCAAGGAAGACACGAGCUGGUACUGGUGUGGCAUCCAGCGAGACUUUGCCAGGGAUGACAUGGAUUUUACAGAGCUGAUUGUGACUGACAGCAGAGGAGGCCAGGCCAAUGAGUUUUGGUCUAGAAAAGACUCACCAGGCAACAAGAACAGAAGCUGCAGGGCUUCCAGAAUCAUCCACAAGGCCGACCGCUCCGGGAUGUCCAUCCUUAUCAUUUAUGUACUGCUUACCAGUUUGGGGAUCAUCUUUAUAAUCAGUCAUUUGUCCAAGAGAAGGAGAAGUCAAAGGAAUAGAAGGGUAGGCAACUCUUGGAAGGUCCUCCUAUAUGUCCUGACUCCAAAGGAAAUGGCUCAUACUGAACAGAUGUGACUGAAGAUUUCUUUUAUUUAGUUCAUAAAUAAAGUGAUGAUGCUACAAUAGUAUCACCAUGACAACUGGCCCACAUCUCGGGGACUGAUUCUGAUCUCUCAGGCUUUCUGAAGGACUUUCUCAACUCGCCAGCAAAUCAUUUGUGAUGAGUUAACAACGGUGACAGUCAGAAGAGCUGUAGUAGAUCACACUGAGCGGGGCUACAAUCAAACAACAUCUCCAGACGUUAGUUCUCCUGCAUCUGGGUCAGGGUGGGUCAGAAAGUCAUUUUUAUUUGUUAUCCAAUAAAUUUCUGAUCCAUGUUUAAUGAA